CUCCUCCUCCUCCUCUAGACAGUCAGAGCUAGUCGGCUGCUGAGGAGACAGUCAGGGGAAUUAUGCCCUGCCCAGCAGCGGCUUUGCCGAUUUGAGGAGCCUUUCUAUGCAUACCAAGUAGUUUUAGGUCCGGGGCAGUCCCCGUGGUUUUGGGGUUAUUAUGAGCAUGGAAGAUUAUGACUACCUGUUCAAAAUAGUUCUCAUAGGAAAUGCCGGAGUUGGCAAAACCUGUCUUGUUCGGCGCUUUACUCAGGGCCUUUUCCCACCUGGACAAGGGGCUACUAUCGGAGUAGACUUCAUGAUCAAAACUGUGGAAAUCAAAGGGGAGAAGGUCAAAUUGCAGAUAUGGGACACAGCCGGACAGGAGAGAUUUCGCUCCAUAACUCAGAGUUAUUACCGUAGUGCCAAUGCCCUCAUUCUUACAUAUGACAUUACCUGUGAGGACUCCUUCAGGUGCCUUCCAGAGUGGCUAAGGGAGAUCGAGCAGUAUGCCAACAACCAAGUGGUGACUAUAUUAGUCGGCAACAAAAUAGAUCUGGUGGAAAAGAGGGAGGUUCUGCGGCAGAGGGCUGAAGACUUCGCCGAGGCCCAGAGCAUGCUGUAUCUGGAGACGUCGGCCAAAGAGUCCGACAACGUGGAGAAGCUGUUCCUGGACCUGGCGUGCGAACUUAUCCGGGAGGCCAAGCAGAACAAGCUGGAUAACGGUGACACGGCUCCCAUGCUCGGCGAGGGGAAAACCAUCAGCUAUUUGAACUGCUGCAACGUCAACUAAAAGUGGGGUACAGCUGAUGUCGAGGGGGUCUCUCAGUCCUGAAGCCUCCGUCCCACUAAGACGGCAUGAAGCCACCUCUAAGUUUGAUCAUUUUAUUUCUUUUUUAGUCCCGUGAGUCUUUACAAGAUACUCAAGUUUUAGCUGCCCCUCCAGGAGCAAAUAGUUCAGGAUGCUGCCAUUACUGAGAACUCUUCUGGUCACUGUAGCAGUGAGUGGAUGUCCAACACUUCCAGGACUUCCACAUUGUGCUGAUCUUGGUAAAUUGCCAGGGUUUUCCUGUCAGGGCCAUUUUCCAUCAACAUUCACCAGCAGUAUUAAUCUAAAAGUUCUGCCAGGAAUUCUGUUACAGACCCCACACCGCCGAGGAGGAGUUCCAAAACCAUCCAAGGUUAUCUGUUAAAGGUAACAGCGUGUUUACAUUCAUAACAUCUUUGAGAUUACCGAGUUGGAAUAGGAUUUUUUUUUAAUCUGUUGCACAUUUAUUUUCCAAGUUAUCGUUGUUAUUUUUUUUCUCUGAGAAUCGCACUCACUAACUUUCAUCCUCAAAUGUCUAAGUUCUCUUUUUUUUUUUUUUUUUUUUUUUUUGCACCUCAUUUCAAACUGUGAAAUAUUUGUUUUUUUUUUCCUUUAAUUGCUGCUAGAAAAUGUUUUUGUGUUAAAUAACAUAAACUAAAACACUUAAAAAUGCUUAAAAGUAUUCUGUGAUGGUAUUUUGUUAAACUUGCAGUGCUUGUGAUUGUUUUAUUUUGAAAUUGCUAGAAGGCUGCAAUCAGACGUAAACAUGUAGUUUAAUGAAAUGAGUUUGUAUUUUCAAUACAGUCCGAUCUUUUUUUUACAUUUUUAUCCACAGACGAGUAUUUCUGCAUUUUUUGCUGCUGCUUGGACAUGAUAUUGGUUGAUGAGGUUUGUCCAUGUAGUUCUGUAGAACUUGUUGUAUUUCAUAUACUUUUAUUGUGAAUCCCCCUGUUUAGCUAUGAUUUGUAGCAUUAAAAAGAUUUUUUUUGUUGUUGCCAAAAGUGCAAUCUACUGUAUUGCACAAUGCCAUUUGCUGCACACUUUAUUUUCCCCUCGCCGUAAUUUGAAUACUGUAGUACAUCUUGGCACUUUGCUUUGAUCUUUUUGUACUGUCAGUAAUCCCCUUUUUUUAAAAUGGCAAGCUUUUGAGUUUUUUUUUUUUUUUUUUUGCCUUGUAACUUAGAUAUAUAGAAACAACUCCUGGUUGAUUAUUUGCAUUUUAUUUUUGUCAAAGUGGAAAACAAAGGAACAAAAAUGCUGUGGAGAUUUUGUGCUUUUUCAUGUGUAUAAAAUAUCCUCAUCAAUACUUUGCAUAACAUUAAAUAACUACACUAAU